AGGGACGACUUUUGGCAUGAUGUUCAGAAUUUAAGUUUUCCGCAGCAACGCUAUGUUGCAAGACGUAUAGAUCAUUUUGUUUUUGCCUCUGUGAAGAUUUUUGCGCCACAUAUAGGUUAGGAUGAAACCAAGCGUGAUUUACUUCGAGAAGUUGUAGCCUAUGGGUAUGCCCGAGCUAGAUCCACCGCACGCCGAUCAAAUGAUCUAGAAUGUUCGCCAGUGAGAACGAACAUCGGCGGGAGAGGUGGCUAUUUUUGCGCCUUUAUGCAGCAUGAGGGAGCAGCACCAGCAAGAAGAUGUAGAUGACCCGCAAAGAACCCCAGCGGCAGGCCCUGUCACAAGAACUACCUCCGCGUGUUGUCCACUGUGGCUCGGGCUGUUUCUGACCAUCGGGGCGGUCCUCCUGCUCGCGGGUACCGCCGUUACGGUCGCGGUAGUGGUCAUAAACGCGCAAGACCGCAGUGCCGCGAAACAGGAAAACAUCUCCCCCCACACGGGAGUCAUUGGCAGCACUCCCAUUUUUGUUUCGAGCCCUAGCGGCGCCGGCGGAGGAGUAGGGGGUAGAAAUAUCUCUUCCACAUCGGGAGGAACACCUCGACCGACAGGAAACCAUACUAGAAUUUCUACCGGUUUAUUGCCGAAUCCGGUUCCCGGUCCUGGAAGAAGCGCGGGUGCACUAGGUAAUGCGAGUCGACGUCCACCGGCACCGCCACUACAAGCUGGCGGGGCCCCGCCCGGUUCGCAAAGUAACUCAAACUCUCUUCCGCCGACCCCUCGAGCUGCAGCUGCACAGCGGUCAUCCUGGCGGCACCCGGAGGUGGAGAUCUUAGCAGGCAAAACGCACGUCUGGCCAUUGGUGUACGUGAACGGGUUUGGGAAUGUGAACGCACAAUCCAGUUUUGGCAUGAAAUCCGCGUUUGGAUUGAAAAUCGACAUCGGGACGUUCCCCGCCGCCGCCCCCCACGCGUUCGAAGGCAAAACUGUCCUCUUGGACACGGGCGGGGCGGUGCAGAAUCUCUUCCGACUGCGGGUUGUAUCUGCGGGGGGUGGUGGUGACACUGACUCUGCCACCGGAGUCGUGUCUAGCUUCACCUCGUCCACGAAGGAAGCUCUGGAUGUGUAUGCCAUGCACCGGGUGGUCCAGGGAUCUUCGCAGGCUUGCCCUUCUGGCACGGCGGCCGUCCGGUGCACCUACGUCGGCGGGAACUUCGAGGGCCGGGCAUGGAAGGACGUCUGGAGAGUAAACAGGAGCGGAGGAGGCGGGGAAGGGCAAAAUAAUAAUGAUAAUAAUAAUCCGCAGAACCAGAAUGAUCACGCUGGACAAGCACAAGUAGCAAACCGUGGCGGGGGCACCGGCUUCUUGCAGCAAAUAAGCCCACAGACAGCCACAAUUUUACCCGACUUGGAUCUGCGGACAGGAAGUGCGAGUAGCGUGAUCGCGGCAAGCGGAGAGCUGCAAAGGCUUUUUCAACAGCAAAAUACCAGUUCCAACUACACGUGGGGAGAGAAACUCGGGAACGUGCCCAAGCUUGCCGUGGUGCACGACGCCGCCGCCCCCGACCCGGUCCUCGGGUGGGACGGCAUCUUCGGGCUGGGCUUCCCCUCCGAGCGGCUUGGCCGCCAGCCCUCGUCGCGGAAGAACGCGGCGAGUCUGCUGGACCAGUUCGCCCUGGACGCGUUGAACCGGGGCAACAGCGAGAACCAGGUCUUCAGCUUUCAGGUGGCCAACGAGAAUUUCGACGAGAGCAACAGCAAUGCAAAUGCGACAGCAGGAGCAUCAACACCUUCAACCGUCGGAGGUCCGUGGUCGCGCAACCCGGUGUUUGUGCUGAACGGAAAACCGCGGGAGGAAAGACUUCUCCGUUUUCCCGUGGCGGAGCAACUGCAGCGCCGCGACUCGUUUCCCUGGUACGAACCGGGCUUUCUGUUCCGUACACUGUGGGACCCGUCGGAUGGUGUGGAUUUUUACCGAAGGGCGCGUAGUACUUCUACAGCCGCGAGGUUAUCAAUACACGAGCAGUUUUACACGGACCUGGAGGCCCCAUCGCUCGGCACCUACGACAGGAUCAAAGCCACGCGGAAGUUGCUCCGCCGGUUUCUGCGGGAGAAAGACCGCCUUCAAGAAGAGUUCUACCACCGCAGAAUCCGCGCCGGGCGCACCCCGCUGCGGCGGGGCGUGGGCGGGAAGCCACUUUUAGCGGAUAGCACGCUGAAGAACUUCUUCGACUUUCGCGGGUCCGAGUGGCAACUGUACGUGCGGAAGGUGAGAAUUGGGGACGAGGUGUUUGAUGCGCGGGAGGACCGUUUGGUCUUUGAUGACCAAGCGGAUAAUAAUUCACCGCCCACGACGUCGAGUAUCCAGGAACAACAACCGGGAACAUCAAGUCGUCGCCAUGCUGAUGCCCCGGGGGCAGUACCACCAGCGUCCCGCCGCCUCCGCGAGCCGGCGCAAAACCGACUCUACGCUUUUUUCCCGCCACUGGUGGAGUGGAGCUACCGGGGGCUGGACGUUGUAGAACCGUCGGGAAAUGGACAAACGAACGUCGGCAACAGUAGUACAUCAUUUUCUCCUGAUGUCAACAGGUUUGUGACCACCUUGACGCCGGAAAAGAGGGAGUUUCGGCCCUCAACGCUGUACCGGAACCAGCGCCCGGAAACUGAGGACGACCAGCAUUCACACCGAGAUAAGCGGUACAAAGUCAUGCUGGAUUCCGGCUGGUCGGUCCUCGGUCUGGCCCGCCCACUGUAUGAGGUAUUCGAGCGCAAGCUCGCGGACUUCAACCAGCGCAACGGACACGCGGCGCGCGACUGCCCGGCCGACGGACCGGAGAUAGCCUUUGAGCUGGAGGAAAAGAGGUCCAAUAUGUUCCAUUGGUUCACGCUUACCGGCGCCGACUACUGCUACUGCCACGGCAGCCGGGUCCCGAAUCGCCCCCUCUCCAGGCAGCACUGUGUCGACAAACUUCGCCACACGCAGUCGCUCGCACUCAUGCUCGGCGUCCCUUUCCACCGGGCCUAUUACGUGGGCUACGACUACGGGAAUCGGGAGAUCUUGCUCCCCAGAAGGGUGUAGAAAUGAUGAAAAGAACAAAGAAAUCGCGACUACCUUAAUUGGUGACGAUUUUUUCGCCUAUGAUAACCCUCCACCGCUAAUCUUAAUCAGCGAAGGCUUCAAUUUUUCCAAAGUACGAAGGUUGAAAACGCGAGGAGGGGCAUGGCGUAUUUGUGAAAAAGGUUAUGUAUACAUAGAAUCUUUGAAAAAAUAAAAAAUCAAAACGUUUAACACCGAGAACAACUUCUACGCUGGCGACUAGAAUAUAGCGCAGUGUCGCAUAAAAUUACGGCUACUCACUUACCAAAGGACAUGCAGCCAGGACAUUAGCGGAUCUACUGUGCGAGCCUGUACACUUCGGCUUCUUUUGUACAAUUAGACUUAGGCUUUUUUCCCCACAGCAGGACAACACGCAGCGCUUCAGAUUUUUGUACAAUGAGUCUUUUGUUGCUUUCACUUCUACCAGAAGCACAAAAGUUGCCAAGCCCAAACUUUCUGUAACGACUUUAUCUUCGUCUUUCCAGGGAAGACGUGUUUUGAUGUAGAAUGACGCAGAAUGAAAAGAAGUAC